UCGCUAUCCUUGUGUCCUCCUUGACGAAGCUCCUGCGUUUAGUUUUGCAGGUCUUGCUUAAUUCUUAUGUUUUCUACUGGCAUUUGAUUCUCUUUGAUGUCAGAAAGCUGCUUGCCUCCAUGUGUUCUGUGGUAUAACACCAGUCAGCCCAAUGAACACAAAACAGCUUUAUUAAACACCUGCUGUUCAUUCCACCGGCCACGUUACAGGGAACGAUCAACCUGAUAUUGUGUCAGUGUUGUAGCGCCUUGCAUUGACAACGUAUUGCUUUGUGUGUGUUCUGCCCAGGCCUUCCCAAAAUGGAGGUGUCUCAGGAUUAUUAUGGGAUGCCCCCUCCUCCUGUGGCGUUCGGACAGCCGCUGCGCCUAGCCCUAGGUGACAUCAUCGAGCUGACGAAAGCCGAGGUGGACCAGUCUUGGUGGGAGGGCAGAAAAAUCUGUACAAGUGAGGUUGGCUGGUUUCCCUGCUCUAAAGUCAGGCCCUUUGUCUCUAGGCUUCCUCCAGACCUCAGCAUGUAUCCCUGGUUUGCUGGGAACAUGGAGCGCGGUGGCGCCGAGAAUCUCCUCAGCACCCGCUCUGACGGCACCUACCUGGUGCGGCAGCGGCAGAAAGAUGCGGGCGAGUACGCCAUCAGUAUCAAGUUCAACGUUGAAAUCAAGCACAUCAAGGUGACCACGUCGAGCGGGCUGUUCCAGAUUAACGAGAAGAAGGCUUUCAAAGGGUUAAUAGAGCUGGUGGAGUUCUACCAGCGCAACACUCUGAAGGAAUGCUUCAAGGCUCUGGACACGACUCUGCAGUUCCCUUUCCAAGAGCCUGAGCAACAGACAGUCGCCAAGUCUCCAGCGGGCAGCGUGAGAUACUACGGCACAGCCAGGGCUCGGUAUGACUUCUCAGCACGAGACCGCUUGGAGCUCUCCAUGAGAGAAGGGGACGUCAUCAAGAUCAUCUCAAAGAAGGGCCAACAGGGCUGGUGGAAGGGAGAGAUCUAUGGGAGGGUUGGCUUGUUCCCAGCGAACUAUGUAGAGGAAGAUUAUUCUGAUUACUGCUGACAGACUGUCUUUCCAAAGCGGUGUCCACAAUCCUGAGAUAAUAAACCGAGAGUGAUGAUAUUGACUGAUUUGUAACUUUUUUUUUUUUUGAUGAUGAUGUUGGCUGGAAACUGGGGACACAGAAGCAGCCCAAUGUUGCUGGCAGUUCCCCUCUCUGCGCUGUUCUGAAAACGUUCCAGAUCACAGAGAGAGGGACGAAUGUAUUUAUUUUUAAAGAGUUUGAGCAAGGUGACACAGUCCACCUGUCCCAUCUGCUGUGGCUGGCUGGUUAUAAAGCUGGCACGGCAAUUGCAUUUCAGAUCCUUGUACCCAGCCUCUAAACGCCGUGUGCAUUUUAACUGCUGACUGUCAGGUCUAUCCAAGUCUCUUUGUGCUUCCUAUUUACCCUUCCCAAGUGCCAGCGGAAAGGCUUUCCCUCGUUAUUUGCAGCAACUCCCCCCUUGUAUUCUGGUUCAGAUAUACACAGAGGCUCCCCCAGCGGAGUAAAUAUGCUGAGGAGUAAAGAAACAGCACCUCUUAUUCAACACAGCAUAAAAAUUCAGCAGCACCAAAACCACAGUUCUCAAGCAUCGGCCAACCAAGGGAACAGAGCGAGCUGUGAAAAUGAUAUGCAUUACAGAGGGGAACAGUCUCCUUGGCAACUACAAUAGGUAGAGCAGCAGAAACCCGAGCCCAUAUUUCCACUGCUGGAUAUUUAAUAAGGCGUGCCUGUGACACCGUUUUUCUUCUCAUCCUCAAAUUCAUCCGAUUAUUAGUUCAAGCUGUUUUGCCAGCUCCGUUCUGGAUUGCAAAAGGACCUCCGGAGGAUUGUGUCCGUGGAGUUCUGGACUCCGAGGGUAGACAGCAAUGGCUUGAAGAGCAUGCUGGACACGAUGGAACUCACGGUUUCAGACGUGGUAUUCUUGUGCGCAGCUAUUUAAGAGAAAUCCACGCAGGGCAUAAUAGUUUUAUCCACAGAACUCUACGUCCAUCUCCCCAGGGGUUUCACGAAAAUAAAACCAGGCAUUGAAACAGUCUUAAAAUAGCCCUGCAGUGUUGUCUGCACGUUUAAAACACACUUGAGUUUACAGAAAGAGGUGGGGUAGCUGUAAAAGUCAAUUGGUGCUGGUGUUGUAGAAAAAAAUAACAUGUACAGCAGACCAAUGAACCACAUGGAAAUACAGAAAAACCUGUCUAAUCCAGCAAGCCUUGGGACCGGAAAAUUGUGCUGGAUUAUACAGUGUGCUGGGUUAACGAGGUACUGUAAAAUCACGUACUGUAUCUAAAGAAAAAGGUAGAAUUCCAUGAUAGACAGGUUCUGGAUUGCAAAGGGAAUCACACCAUACAUUUCAAUAGACAUUUGGUUGGGACCCAAAAAGUCAUGCAGAAUUAUCCAGAAUGUCAAUUUGUAGAGGGGCUUUACCGUACUAAGAGAUGCCACAACAAGGCUUAACAACAUAGAAGCAUUGUGAAGUCGUCACACAUAAGUGUCAUGGCAUUAAAUUAUCUGAGCACCAUUUCACAUGCAGAGAGCUUACAUCAUCCCAGUCUUUACCAUAAGAAAAACUGAAUUGAAAACCACAUGGUUCCUGCUCCAACACAGCUCCGCCCUCUUCACUGAGAAAGAGGUGAGUCUGACUCCACCCAUCCCUCUUUGGAAUGCUAAAUGAGCAACCAAUCAUAAGAGAAUGGGAGGAGUCAGCCCUGAGAUUUUUUUUUUUUUUCAUUAUAUUUUGCAUACUGUUGCUUUAGUCAAAUUCUGAUUGUUAUUACUAAGUGUGGCAGGGCAAAAUCCCAAAAUGUCAAUAGUGUAUAUAUAUAUAUGGGAUAUAAGGGGAGAAAAUCCUUUGUUGAGAGAUUGGAGAGGAUUUAGGGGAGUCUUGCAGUGUGCUGCAUUCUGUGUAAAUUUGUUUUGGUCUGGGCAUAAGUAUUGUUUUGUUUUGUGUGAAUCUUUUUAUUUUGGCCCUUGU